AUGAGAGCACAUCUGGAGCAGUCAAAAACACUCGUUCAAGCUCUAAUGGAUUAUUCUCUACAAGAUUCUGAAUUCAAAUCACUCGUAUCACUUGAAAUCAUUCGUUUCUUCAAAAUUACAACGAGAAAGACAACGCUGAUCCCGCUACUGCUCGACUGUGGUAUUGCUGAAGCCUGCGUCAAAUGGAUUUCUGUACCAAACCCCUCAUACAAUUCCCUUCAGCUCAUUCUUCGAGUCAUACACAAUAUUAGUCGACACAAUGGCGGGUCUGACCGUUUAAAUGAACUGAAAAUGACAACUGUGAUGCAUCGCUUGAAGCGGCCACGCGAAGAGACAAACUUCAAUGAUAAUGAUUAUGAGGAAGUACAACUGGCAGUGACAAUGAUCUAUGCCCUUCUCUUGGAGCCACAAACAUUGAAAAAUAAUACCCUUCUCAGUAAUGAACGGUUCAUAAGGAUCAUCAAACAAAUUCUACAAAUGAUAAUCACAGCUUCACAGCACACAAACGGAUUCUAUUUUUACAAUUGUUUUCAUAUCUCAGAACCACUUAUCGUCUUAACAAAACUGUUCAAUAACGAUAGUGUUCUUCUCCACUGUCUCGGCGAAUCGCCCACUUGUCUUGACUUCUUCUGUCAGUUACUCAUUCAGAUACACUGCCGUCAGCCGUCGGCAGCAGAUGAACAUGAGUAUAUAACGGUAUUGAACUAUCUAGCUGUCAUCGCGCUGUGUAACAUUCUCUGGAGUAUUUCCUUUCACGAUCAAUACAAAGAGAAGCUGAAAGAGAAGACGGAAAUAUUGAAGUUAAUCGACAGACUAUCAUCAGGAGACUUUGCAAUUCAACAGCUUGAUGCAGCUUCUGAACCGAGACAUCUCUCAUCGAUAAGAAAAGCAUGUGAAGGAAUCUUGUGGAAUCUGGAAGAGAAAGUUGUGACACCAAUAACACCUACGCUGAUGCGUCAACGGCCAAUGGCUAUGAUUAGUUAUUCACAUGUUGAUACGCCGUUCUGUAAGGAGUUGGUCGCGAAACUUCAGACUCAUAAUGAAUUUGACUUGUGGGUCGAUUUCCUUCACUAUCAUCAAGAUUCAUCACGUUCAAGCAUCUCACAUUCCGAUGAUAUUUGGGAAGAGAUUGCACGUGCAAUUGAACUAGCCUCUAUCAUCAUUCUCAUCGUUUCAAAAGAUUAUUAUGAUAGUAAAUCAUGCCGGCAAGAACUGUCGUAUGCAAGUGAUGCAUUGAAGAAACGUAUUAUUCCAAUCUAUACGAACACUGUACAGCAGAAUUACAAAGCAAAUGGAUGGCUUGGUAUUCGUAUUGCCGGGCAAAAAUAUAUUCAUUUUGGUCGAAAAUCACUUGAUCUAGGUGUUCGUGAGCUUGUGUCGAUGAUUAGUGAUCCACAAAAGCCUCAACCAGUACUUCCUUCACCAUCAGUACUCGAACAAAAACAACAACUACAAGAAACAAACGAGAAGAAUCCAGUUGGACAGUGGACAAAAGAAGAUCUUCAUCAAUGGUUCAUCACAAAUCAGAUUCAUUCGAAUCUCGAGCUUCUCUACAAUGAACUUCAUACCGGUACGUCUCUCGUUCUCUAUGCAAGACAUUUGAAAAUGUAUUAUCGACAGGAAUAUGAGUUUCUUUGUGACAAGCAUAGAGAGAAAUAUUAUGGAAAACAGUUGGAUACAGUGCAGUUUAUUGUCUUUGUUGAUGCACUUUUACAGUUGGAUAAGACAGAUUUGUUUUCAAAGGAAGUAGAAGAACAGAUGAUGUCUGUGAGAGAUAGAGUGAAAGAGCAAACAGAGAAUGAACAGCAGACAUGGUUGUGA